AUAUAACCGUGUCUUUGUUGCGAAUCUAGUUGUAUUGGAAGGAGUGAAGAACUGUUGAAUUCCUUGGGAGUUGCAAAACCAGUUUGUUGUCCUGAUCAUGAAGAUUUUAGCGAGUGCCAUCGGUAGAAUUUUUCUGUGUUGUGCCCUGAUGUCUUACAUGUCUUACUUGAGUCACGCUUCACCUCUGCGAGAAACGAAAGAAAUAAUGGUGAGAAUUUUAAUAAUAGAGGCUUCGCGUCUUUUGUAAAUACUUUUAUAAAUGUAGGCAUUAACGCUGAUGAUAUUUGAUGCGAUUUUUCAUGACUGCUGACUAAAAAAGACUUUCAUUUCGUUGCCGGGCUUUCUUUUCCUUUUUUUGUAGGAUAACCCUGAGCUGACCGCCAUCAGGGAAGAACGACUGAUGCAGAGAACGCAGGAUGCUCACACAAAGGUCUCCAAGGUAUACUAUAAAUGACACGAGAUGGAGUUCCAAUACGGCAUUGCAGUAUUGCCUAAAAUCUUCAAAUAACUUUGAAAUAUUCUAUCAACUCUCUUCGCAACAAAAACGAUCUACUUCCCUUUGCAGUUUGUGCACAAGGUGUCGAAGAUUAACUACAAUGGAAAGCAAGUAAUUUCUGCGAUUUCAAUAGCUCAAAAAUUUCAAAGUUGUUUUCUUUUUAUCUUUUUUGUUCAGUUAGUAAGUUAGAUCUCCUACGCUACAAAGUAAAUUUUUUGUAGCGUUGACGCGCCACUGGAAAAUCUGCCGUUUUGCUCUAUUCAUAAAUUUCUUUGGCCUACCACGAGCUGUAUGACAGAGCCACUAUUUUACUUUGCCUGAGGAGACAAACAUAAAAAUAUCUGAAAAAAUGACAAGUCAUUUCUUCGAGGUACCAUUAGAAGAAAAACAAAACGAAAAAGAACAUUUUUCACCAAUAUUGAAAGAGAGCUUCUUGCAAAAAUCAGGCACCACAACAUGUACUACAAAUAAUUAAGACAAGAAACCGGGUGCUAGCCCUUAUGAAGUCAAGCAUAGUUUGACCGAUAAUCAAACAACCUAUUGAGGGCAUAAAUGUGAAGGAAAUUGAACCAAUUGUUUAAAUGACUUUGCAAAAUUUAAUUAAGUAUCAACUUGACACGAGUUGUGGACAAAACAAGCUUCUACCCUCUAAAGAAACAAAGGAAUCACAACUGUGAGCAAGGGAACAAGAAUUAAUUCACGCUAAAGAAGUGCAUGUGAUUUAAGUGUUGGGCUUUUGAAAAUCAGGAAAUAAAGUUUGAUUGUUUAUUUAUGGAACUUUUGUUACGUGGCUGAUUAUGAGAACUGCUGUAUGUAUUCAUUUACGGUGCGUCAGUCGAAGUAAUACAUCGUUGAACAAAUAUUGCCUUGUUAUCUAUUCAGGAUAUUGCCGAGCGUCUGAAAAAGUUUAAGGACGAAACAGGAAAGGUGCAUAGUGGAUCAGAAAGCGAGGACCCUGCAAAAGACUCUUGGAAAUACAAGGUAACACCAAUAGGAACCAUGAUGAACGUUAAAAAAAAAACAUAUAUUACUUUGUAACCUGGAACGUGUGAUGAACUGAUUGGCGAUUCGAUUUCUGUUUUAAUCAAUGAAUGUGUAGCAUCUACUAAGAAGGCUUUCCUCGUUGGAGUCAAGUCUCACCAGGCUGGAAAACAGAGUGGACCGAUCUAAAGUCCGAUGUCACGAAAGAAACACCAACUGGGAUGCGAAGUCCAAUGCCCCCAUAAUGUAUCUCGACAGGCAAAAUGUUAAGUGCCCCUCCGACUAUUUCUUGGCCAGUUUUCACCUGAUAAGAUGGGCAAACUAUGAUAAUGCGAAUGUACGAUACAACUACCGCUGUUGUAAAUUCGUUCUGUAAAUUAGAGAACGUUGUAUCAUUUACAGUCUAAUUGAUGUAUUGAGUAUACAAUUCACGUGUGAAAGUUUAAAAAUAAAAUUAUAAGACUGUG